AUGCCUCGUGGUCAGAACACUAAACGCCGUGCUCGUGAGAAACGCCGCCAAACCACAGCGGUGGCCCAAGCUCUUAGUGCUCAAGCCACUGCAGUGGAGGAAGAAGAGACCACUUCCUCCUCCUCUCCUGUUGCUGGCAUUUCCCAGCAGCCUGAGAAGGCCGAGGCCACCGCAAGUGCUGUUGCAGGUGUUUCUCACCCAGAAUCUGAUCAAGGGGCCAAAGGCCAAGCUGAGGAAAGUGAAACUUCCUCCCAGGCCUCAGCUUCCAUUGAGAGCACGAAGGAUGAUCCUCUAACCAGAAGGGUGGAGAUGUUGGUGCAGCUACUGCUCUCUAAGUAUAAAAUGAAGGAGUUCAUUAAAAAGGUAGACAUGAUUAAAUUGAUCAACAAAAGGUACAGGGAGCACUUCCCCGAGAUCCUCAGUAGAGCAGUUGCGCAUGUGGAGCUGGUCUUCGGCCUUGAAUUGAAGAAAGUCAGGCCCAAUGGUGGGUCCUACACCUUUGUCAGCAAGCUAAACUACCUCGAUGGCAGUCCAAGCAGUGGCUGGGAAUUGACUAGGCAUGGGAUUCUGAUGCCUCUCCUGAGCAUGAUCUUCUUGAAUGGCAACCGUGCCUCUAGGGAGCAGGUCUUGCAGUUCCUGAAUAUGUUGGGCAACUCUGAUGGAAGGAAGCACUUCAUCUUCAGGGAUCCCAGGAAGCUCAUCACAGAGUUGGUGGAACAAAAUUUCCUGGAGUACCGUCACGUACGCAACAGUCCUAUUCCAUGCAGUGAGUUCCUGUGGGGUCCAAGCGCCCAUGCUAUAACCAACAAGAUGCAAGUCCUCGAUUUAGUGGCCAAGGUCAAUGGUAGCACCCCCACUGCCUUCCCACAGCAUUACAACGAGGCUUUGAGAGAUGAGAAAGAGAGGGCGCUAGCCACAGUUGCAACCAUGAUCGGCAUUCCUGUCAGGCCAUGUGCACGCUCCAAGGCUACAUCCAGCUACCAGUGA